AAAGUCCAAAAAAAAACAAGCUUUCAACUCGAAACUUGCUAGUAACAGAGCUCCGCGCUAUUCCCAAUUGUUCCUCAUUCCAUUUGCUUCUCUAUUAUGAGAAUCAUAGAAAGAUUCACCGCCACUCUUCAACGAGGCCCAUUCAACUCCACAAUCCAGAUCCGUUUCAAGAAACCCGCCAACACGGCUCAGACCCGUUUAGAGACUCGUGCUCGGGACCCGAAACUCGACCUCCUCACAUUCCACCACCGCCGGCUUGAACUCGUUCUGAGCAUCCACAAGCUCAUCUCCGCCAAGAAACGUGGGCCAUUUGUCUCCGUACAGCUCCUCUCCAGAUGGGCUCCACACGCCGGAAUCGAUACAGUAACUGCUGGCGCUUUUAUACGGAAAUAUCCCCAUGUGUUCGAGGUAUUUACGCACCCGAUUCAGCGAAAUGUUUGCUGUAAAUUUACGCCGAAAUUUAUCGAAUUGUUAAAGCGAGAAGUUGAAAUUUUAUGUGAAAUGGAAGAUAUUAAUGUGGUUAAGAUAAGAAAGCUAUUAAUGAUGUCUGUGAAUGGGAAAAUUCAUUUACAUGCAAUUAGAUUGAUUAGGAGAGAACUGGGUUUGCCUGAAGAUUUUAGAGAGUCCAUUAUUCGAAAAUAUGAUAAUGUUUUUAGAUUAUUUGAUUUGGAGAUAAUGGAAUUGGUUGAUAGGAAUGAAAAUAAUGAGAGUUCGAGUUAUGUGGCGGAUGUUGAGAUGUGGAGAGAAAAGGAGUAUAGAGAGAAAUGGUUAAGUGAAUUCGAGACAAAAUAUGCAUUUCCAAUUAAUUUCCCAACGGGGUUUAUGAUAGUUCCAGGAUUUAGGGAGAAACUAAGGAAUUGGCAAAGGCUUACGUAUGUGAAGCCGUAUGAAAGAAUGGAAAAUGUUAGCAUCCGUAGUUUUGGAGGAGUUGAAAGGUACGAAAAGCGAGCAGUGGGUAUUUUUCACGAGCUCUUGUGCUUGACGGUUGAGAAAAAGGUGGAGGUUGAGAGAUUGGCGCAUUUUCGGAAGGAUCUUGGUGUUGAGGUUAACAUACGUGAGCUUCUUUUGAAACAUCCGGGGAUUUUUUAUAUUUCGACUAGAGGGAACACACAAAUGGUUUAUCUUAGGGAAGCAUAUGAUAAAGGGUGUUUGGUAGAACCAAAUCCGGUUUAUGACGUGAGGAGGAAAAUGUUGGAGCUUAUUUUAUUGGGGUGUCGUAAUACUAAAGAAUUGAGAGAGUGGUCAGAAGUUGAGGAUAGAAGAAAAGUGUGUAAUGAAAAUGAACUUGGCGUGAGAGAUGGUGAUUUUGUUAUUCCAAUUUUAGAGAGCUUUCCCAACGGCAAGAUAUGACUAUCAUCCCAGCAAGAGUGGUGAUUCAUCGGAAGUGGUGUUUGAUGAGCUUUAUGAGAAGGAAAUCAAUGAUGAGACAGAUCUUUAAGAAUGAUAUGGAUUCUUUGUGGAAUAAUGAUUUAUGAUCACAACCGGACUUCUUUCUGCCAUUGGCUGCCUGAGACAAAUGGACUGGAAUCUAAUAGGUUCUUGACUGCUAUAUUUACGCGGCAUGCAUCCUCUCUUUAUGCACCUGUUCUCAGUUCUCACAGAUGAGAGACCAGAGAAUUCGGUAUUCUGACAUUGAUGGGUGUUGCUUAUUGCAGGUAAAGAUUGUCAUUUGUUUCCUUUAUGUGAUUGCUUUUUUUCCUAAGGCUACUGGAGAUGAUGAACUGACCUGGAUUCACAGGAUUCAAGUGAUCUAGGCAAGUAUGACCACAUUUUUCUUGUCCAAAUUAUCAAUUAUGGUUCACUUUUUUCAGUAUUAUAUAUCAGGCAAUCUUUGCAAUGCUUAUUUUUUGCAGCAUUCUUUCCCAAAAUUGUCUGGUGCAAAUCAUAAACAAUGAUAAUAUAGGAUCAGUAAUGGUGAUGAAAAAUGUAUUAGAAGAUUAAAUUUCAACCUUGGUAAAGAAAAUAUAUGACGUGUGUGUGUGAGAGAGAGAGAGAGAGAGGACAUUUUUUUUUCAAGUGAUUCUUUACUUGGGCCCUUAGAUUCUAUUCUAGUCUACUAAUGCUGUUGUGUGGAUUUCUGAGCGAAGGAAAACUAGGUUUCUCUCAGAAUCGCGACAAAACCCGAAUUGCUCUCAUGGAGAUUGAGAUUAACAUGCUACAAUGUUUGCACAAAGUUCCAGCACGGGUUUCAGGGAAGCCAUCUCUUGUUGUUUGAGCUCCAUUAAUCUUUUGUCACACAAAAUCUCAGAGAAAUGACUGUUGCAUUGACGAGGAGCUUGCUGGGAGCAUCCCCUGUAACAAUUGACAUUUAGUGCAAAGUGUUGCAAAGUAUGUAAA